UACUAUGGGAGUUCAUUUGAAAGGUUUUCUUGAGAACAAUUUUGAUAUUCCACUGCACCUGUUUGACCUCAAUAUUGCAGAAGAUAAACCAUACUUUUUAGUUUCAGAUGCUAUAUCAAAGUUGUUGCACAAGGACUUUGAAAUCUUGGAGACAACAAACCAAGUACAGUUUACUUGGAGACUGAUUGGAUCCAGCCUUGGUGCGUAUACUGCCGCACGUUUUGCCAGUCUCUUUCCUUCGCGAGUUGAUAAACUUGUUCUAUUAGCACCUGCUUUUAAUCUUGUUGAAAUAUGGAACAGUGGAACGAACGAUAACUUACUUUCCCAUUGGAAAGAGAAAGGAUAUCAAGAGUUUCUUGGACCCAAGUCGAGACCAUUUUCGGUCCCUUUUGAGUUUGUAGAAGACCUCCAAAAACAUCCACCGUUUAUUUCAGUAGCUUGUGAAGGUACCGUGAUUCAUGGCUCUGAGGAUCAAGUGAUUCCCCUCACUAGUGCUCAAGCUUUCGUGGAAAGUUAUGCACCUCAUUGGAAACUCAGAAUAGUGAAAGAUGAUCACGCUUUAAUGAAACAAGAUACUAUAAGAAUAAUAGAGAAAGAAACCGUUGCAUGCUUUGACCUUAAAGAAAUGGAGAUCACUUAGCCAAAUGGGAUGCUUUAGGAAAUACACUGGACUUUAUAAAAAUGAAGUGGAGGAAACCCAGAAUAUUGAUUGAAUACUUUUGUUCACUUGAUUCUGCUGAGAGAACCUCAACCACAAGGCUAUUUAUUUCUAUUUGGAACAUCCAACAUAUAAGUCUUAAC